AUGGUAAAAUCACUCCUGACGCCCAAAGUUGUGACAGAAUCCGUCGCAUGUCCGGUAGAAUUUUGUCUGAUUCAGAAAGACCGUUCCUUGCUUCUGGAGCCAACGUCGUUGCCACAAGACUCAAUAUUUCGUGGAAGUCCGUUGCGAAGUUUGCAUAAAGCAGAAUUGGAGGGUGGGCGUGGCGAGUCCUUCAUGAGAACCGUUUCGAAUGGGUAG